AUGGUUUUGUUUUAUGGGGAAACUCCAGUCCUCUUCAUAGUCUUUCUUCUCAAUCUCUUCGCCAUCCCUUCUAACGGAUGGAUAUGUACUUGGCUCUACUCAGAAUUUUGUCUUGAAGUAUACGAAUCCUCACCAAUUAUUGUCCUGACACUUCUAUUUUUGGCUACGGUUUUUUCUCUACUAGCAACAAUUCUGCAAAUCCUCUGUAUUUUGAAACUGACUUAUCGCUACCUCUUGCCCUCAAGAAUUCUCUCUCUGUGUGCUGCAUUGUGCGGAAUGGCCAGCUUAUUCUACUACUACGCAGAAUUUUUAAUACCAGUUUGGAGUCAGAAAAUUGCCUUACACGUGGCUGGUAUGAUAUCCGCUUUGUCAAUAUACCAAAUAGCUAACUUCAUCUAUGUCAAAGUGGCCAAUGGCAGACUGCCCAAAGAGUAA